AUGUCUGUUUGGUCAUAUGCAACAGACACAAAUAAUAUAAUACAACCUAAAAAGCCAUAUAAUAUUAAUAAUAAUGAAAACUCUUCAACUACUGUAUUUUCUUCUUCAAACUAUGAUACUUGUGAAAUUCAAAUUAGCAAACAAUCAAUAUUUAAAAGUAUAGCUAAUUUAAUUAAAAAAAUUAAAGUGAUUGCCAAUAGGAUCAGUCAUGUUGAAAUUAACAAUUGUCUCUCUCUUUUCAUUAAGAAGUUAAAUAACUAA